UUAUAUACUUUAUAAACCAUACCGUGUGCUCAUUUGAAAAUUUCUUAGUGUCAAAAUAAAUCUAGAAUCUUGUUAGCUGAUUUUGAACAAACGAAACCAAGUUCUUUAAAUUGAAAGUUCAUUUUCAUAAAUAUAAUACGAUAUAUUCACGUAUUGAUAAUAUUCUUAUCUAUAUAUUUGUGUGAGAAAACAGCUUGUGUUAUUGUAUAAGUGCAAGUGAAGUAAUGAAAAGAAGAUAAUAAUUCUUCAAUUACGAAAUAACGAUUUUACAUUCUUCUUUUACAUUAAUAAAGCGUAUAACUUAUAUCGAAAAAUAAGCAAACAUUAUUAGGAAUAUUGAAUCAAUAUUAUAUUUCUGAUAUAUUCCUGACAUUUUGUAAGGGCAAAAAUGAUCGACGAACGUGCCCAAGCGAUUUCAUUUGCAGAAUAUUAUUUCGCUUUGGUCGAUGGUAUUUUUCCGGGUUUUGAGAAUCACCUUGCGAAAAAUAUAGUGCUCGACUGGUUCGGAAAUAAAAUCGUAGGGAAGGAAAACGUAACUGCUUUUAUCAACUCCAAUCAAACGAGAACCUUGCACAUAUUUACUGACAUUACGCCAAUAUCGGAUAUUACUUGCAAUAAGAAGCAAUGCAAUCGUAAACAAAAAACGUUGGAUCAGAUCGCUGAGAAGAAAAAGCUUAAAACCGACACAAGUAAGCGAGAGGUGAAUCGAACGAGGAGACUGUAUAAGAACGCCGUAAAAUAUCUCGAUAAAGUCAAAAUUAUCGAUUAUACAGUGCGAGAGAGUAACAGUACGAAUGUUGAGGCGGAUGAUCGCGAGAUGUAUAAAGAAAAGGAUCCGCUGAAUGAUCUCGAGCGAGAGAUUACGUCGGUCUACAACGAAGAGAUCCAACAGAACAUUAAUGAGUCAAAAUUGGAAGAGGAAAUGGCAUCAACUGUCAAACCUAUCAAGAGAGAGUGCGGUCAAGGAGACCGGACUGUUCGCGCACAAACAGACCCGAUUAAAUACAUGGAGGCGAACGGACAAGUCAGAUUUACACGAAGAAUCCUGCAGGAAGAUCCGUGGUCGUAUCAUUGGACAUCGUUGAAAGUCAACCACUGGGUACAUACUUGCAAAUUGCAAAUUGCAUAUUCGCGUUGUAGUGUUAGUGAACAUCCGGAAGUUUUUCGUAUGUUGAAAAAUGUUCCUUUAACUAGAAGAUGUAAAAAACCCAACAACACCAUGGAGAUACAAUCGCAAAGGAAACUACCCACUCUAGAAGAGAUAAUCAAGAUUAGUAACAAACUGAUACCUAACGUGAACAACUUCGGCGGUUAUUUGAAGUCUUUAAACUACACGAAAGAUCGCAACGAUUUUUUGAAAGAUUUCGAGGCCACAAUGACGCAGAAAAAUCCAAACGCAAAUUUGCCCACCGUGCAUUACGUCGGAAACAAAUUAAUAUUUGAACACAAAGAUGACAUGUACAAGGAAAAUUUUAUACGGAAAUUCUUGUACAAUAAUUAUCGAAUUCACAGGAUCGUAUAUGAAGAGGUAGAAAUGAACGAAAAUUGUAUGACGAGCUAGUUGCGACUGAAUAAAAUAAAAAUGAAAUAGAUAACAACCCACGUAGUAGAAAUAUCUAAAAUAUAUCAUAGAGAUGCCCUAAAGAUGUCACGAUAUCUUUAGGAUAUCCCUAUAAUGUAUUUCUGCUGUGUGGGAAUAUGUCGAGGUUUAAUCAUAUUGAUAUUGAAGUGUUUUAUUAUCAUUCUGACAAAUUUGCAAUAAUUAUGUUGUAACAUAUAAUUUCAACAAAUGCUAAUGAUUCUCUUAUAAAUUUUAAAUAUACAUAUAUUGGGAAAGCGGUUAAAUUAACAAAAUCAGCGAUCAUAUAUUUAUUCAAACAAAUAUAUUAUAAUUGUGCAAUACCAUUAACAAAAUCAGUGGUCAUACUCACUCAAACAAAUAUAUUGCAUUUGUUCGGUGAAAUAUUUGCUCAAACAAAUUUUGUUUAAGCAAAAUCUUGUAAAUUUUACCACUUUUCCUCAUUUAUGUAAAGAUUACAGAUUUGAACUUUCGCGCGUAAUCAAGUACAAUCACUGCCACAUUAAAAGCGCAACUAUUUGUCGUUUUAUGAAUUGUGAAUGUAUUAAAUUCAAAUGUAUUCUUUAAUAAAUAAUAUUGUCAAACUA